ACAGGUUCGGCUAACGGCUAUGGAAAAGCGGUCCCAGACCGAUGCUGAGUCAGGUAGAGGUGGGUUCACAUCCUGUACGGCUUGGACACUCCAGAAAUUAUGGAGGAACUAGAACAUACCUGUCCACUGCCACGAACGCCGGUUCCUGCCUCCUCCUUGCCCAUCCAUUACCUGUGGUGUCAAAACCCGGGAGGGAGAAGGGAUGCGCUGUUGCAGAGUCCUCGCCACUGCCAUCUGCCAGUGGAGCAGCCACGGCCGUCUGCCUGGGGACGGAGAGAGCGGCCACAGAGAGCCGGAGGAACCGCUGCUGUCCACCGAGAAGGGGAGGGGCAGUUCCGUCUACCAGAGACUCUAACAGAACCAGCGAAAUUUACGACAUACACGAGUUGUGAAUGCCGGGCACCACAUGAGAAGCUAACUGCAGUGCAAGCUCGACUUGGAACACCUGGUUCAGUUGACAGGCCGGUGCGAAUCUAUGCAGAUGGCAUCUUCGAUCUUUUCCAUUCUGGUCAUGCUCGCGCCCUGAUGCAGGCUAAGAAUCUGUUCCCUAAUGCCUACCUUAUAGUUGGAGUUUUUAGUGAUGACCUCACUCAUAAUUACAAGGGCUUCACAGUAAUGACAGAAGACGAGCGGUACGAAGCUUUGAGGCACUGUCGCUACGUUGAUGAAGUUUUGCGUGAUGCACCGUGGACUCUGACUCAAGAAUUUUUAGAAAAACACAAGAUAGACUUUGUGGCACAUGACGAUAUCCCAUACUCCUCUGCUGGAUCUGAGGAUGUAUACAAGCAUAUCAAGGAGGCAGGUAUGUUUGUGCCCACUAAAAGGACAGAAGGGAUCUCAACGUCUGACCUGAUCACCCGCAUAGUGAGAGAUUAUGACGUAUAUGCCAGACGCAACUUGCAGAGGGGCUACACCGCUAAAGAACUGAAUGUCAGUUAUAUCAAUGAAAAGAAGUACCGUCUGCAGAAUCAGGUGGACAGGAUGAAAGAGAAAGUGCGGACUGUUGAAGAAAAGUCAAAGCACUUUGUGUACAGAGUGGAGGAGAAGAGCCACGAUCUUAUCCAGAAGUGGGAGGAUAAAUCAAGAGAGUUCAUUGGGAACUUCCUAGAGUUCUUUGGCCCAGAUGGGACAUGGAAGCAGAUGUUUCAGGAACGGAGUGGUCGAAUGAUCCAGGCUUUUUCACCGUGCUACUCACCCAGCAGUAGCCCUCCAAGGGACUUUUCUCCAUCCCGUUCCCCAUCGCCCCCCUCUCGCUGGGCCAUGCAUAGGACCUCUCCGCCCUCUACCCCAAAGAGGGCGUCUGCCUCCAUCAGCAGCAUGAGUGAAGGUGACGAAGAUGAAAAGUGAGGAAAUGGACCAUCAAAUUCUCACAUAAAAGACUGCACUUUACCCUCACACAUAUACUCACUUAAACACACUGGCAGUGUUGAUUGGUCCAAUAAACUACCCUCAUGGGAAAAUUGUAUAUACUGUAAUUGUACACAGCACAGGGUUCUUAAAGUCCUGCACAUCUGGUAUUGCAGCUAAUAUUUUUUAUAGCCAUUGCUGACCCUUUCUAUAAUGAGAACAUAUUUCUCCUAUGGUGUUCCAUGUGUAAUGAGAGCCAGCUGGUAUGUGAUAGCUGUGCAGUGUGUAAACCUCACUUCCCUUGCCUCAAGAGGCCCACU